AUGUCUCAUAGCAACAGGUUCUUGUUCACGAAUGGCGUCGUAUCACCGUCACCAGACACCCCACCAGUUACAACCUUACUCGAAGCACACCCUGGUGCAUAUACGACGACUCGUACUCAUAGUAACGGUUCAGAACUCUUGUUCUGGGGUAGACAUUUAACCAGAUUGUCGAAUUCUAUAAAAAUAUUAUUAACUGCCCGCCCUAAACUUCUGUUUGAAAACCCAGAGAAAAAUGGGGUUCCGUUUUUGGGAUUUUUGACACGAUCAGUGAAUUGGGAUUCAGCUAUUGAGGUUUUAGUUAAUGAUUCGAUUAGAAAAUCAUUGCCCACUGCGUUGAAAGAGAGGAAAUGUGGGGAGGAGUUGGCGAUUACGACACUUGUGAGUGGGAAUUUGGAGAAAUUGAGUGAUUCUGGGGUUGAGUUUGAUGAAGAAAGUAUUUGUAAGCUUUUGGAUGUAUAUUUGCACAUAGCUGGGUAUGUUCCGCCACUCUAUGGCGUUCCAGGAAAUGGGGCACGUUUGGCUGUUGUGGGGCCUGGAAGGGAUGUUGCUACUGCAAAGUAUUCGGAUUGGGUCAGGUAA